AUGUCCACCACAAUAGCACCCUCGACGACAGCAACAGCGGUCAUCGCGACAGUGGAAGCGUUGACGACAGAGUUUGUGGCACCUGCGCCAUGUUAUUCGAUGCAAUUGACAAUGCUCUCAUCGCCGAAAUACGAAAUAUGGCUAAAUGAGCCACAGCCAGUGCCUGGGACAAAGGUUUUAAGCUGCUAUCCCACGGAGUGGGCCAGUGGAUAUACCAGCAUCUUCAACAGCACCUCGUCAAUCGUGCCGAUGAUGAGCCCGCUGGUGGCACCCGAGAACUGGGUAACGGCGCAGGAAAUGGACAAUGGUUAUAUUGCGUUAUGUCCUUCUGGGUUCCAAAUUCAUUUACCUGAUUCCCCAAUCGACACAAAUCGGCCCGCGUACGGCGCCACAUGCUAUAGCACAUUCGACGACGACGCAACUCUUGUAAUGAGUGGAUACGACAGUAGCAAAUAUACAGGUACUGUAACGUUUGUGGCAAAGUCAACGGAUCAGGCUUAUGCACAUGUGAUUGAAGGAAAGAAGGCAUCCUCGACGGCUUCAAGCACAGGAGCGGGUACCGCCGGAACGAGCACAGCAGCGCCGAGUUCUGAUGCUGCGUCAACCGGAAGUUUAACAUCAUCGGACUCAUCAACUUCGUCAAGCGGAGUCAGUGGAGGUGCCAUUGCCGGUGCCGUUGUUGGCUCGAUAGCGGGUGUGGCCCUUAUUGCUCUUGCGGCAUUCUUUCUCUUCCGGCGCCGACGUACUCAGCAGACAGGAUCUGCCGCUCAGACCGGCCACAGCAACCCGGAAAUGGGGGACGGGUACCAAUCCGUCAAUGGGCAUCAGGGGCACAGCGCUUACCCGGACAACAACGCAUAUCACACCGCUGACAAGGCGCUCCCGUUAAUCCCACCAGAGGGUGCGGAUAUUGUCAGCCCAACGUCUUACCAUGAUGGAGCAGUGCCUCCGUAUCAGAGUUACGAGCUUCCGACCAAUCAUACAUAUGAGAUGGAGAGCCCGCAGGGUACCCACCCGCAAGCCAGAGAGCUUGAUGCUGGCUAUAUGGGAAACGAGUUGCACAACGCAGGUACAAAUCAUGCGCAACGGGUAUAA